AUGGAUUCCGAAAGACGGGUCAAGGAGACGGAUGACAUUGAGAGUCCUAAACGUAGUAUCCGAGACAGUGGCUACAUAGACUGCUGGGAUUCUGAGCGCAGCGACUCCCUCUCCCCCCCUCGCCACGGCAGAGAUGAUUCCUUCGACAGCCUAGAUUCCUUUGGCUCCCGCUCCCGGCAGACACCUUCACCAGAUGUAGUCCUCAGGGGAAGCAGCGAUGGGAGAGGAAGUGACUCUGAAUCCGACUUGCCGCAUCGGAAGCUGCCGGAUGUGAAGAAGGAUGACAUGUCCGCGAGGCGGACUUCCCACGGUGAGCCGAAAUCAGCAGUGCCUUUUAACCAGUACCUCCCGAACAAAAGCAAUCAGACGGCCUACGUCCCCGCUCCUCUGCGAAAGAAGAAGGCAGAGCGAGAGGAAUACCGGAAGAGCUGGAGUACCGCCACCUCACCCCUGGGUGGGGACAGGCCCUUCAGAUACGGUCCGAGAACUCCUGUGUCUGAUGACGCAGAGAGCACGAGUAUGUUUGACAUGCGGUGUGAGGAGGAGGCCGCGGUGCAGCCGCACAGCAGGGCCCGCCAGGAGCAGCUGCAGCUGAUAAACAACCAGCUGCGAGAAGAGGACGACAAAUGGCAAGAUGACCUGGCUCGUUGGAAGAGUCGUAGAAGAAGCGCUUCCCAGGACUUAAUCAAGAAAGAGGAAGAAAGGAAGAAAAUGGAGAAGUUACUGGCUGGAGAGGAUGGAACAAGUGAACGAAGGAAAAGCAUCAAAACCUACAGAGAAAUUGUUCAAGAAAAAGAGCGGAGAGAGAGGGAGUUGCAUGAGGCCUACAAGAACGCACGGUCUCAGGAGGAAGCAGAGGGGAUCCUUCAACAGUACAUCGAAAGGUUCACCAUCAGCGAGGCUGUUCUCGAACGCUUGGAGAUGCCAAAAAUUCUGGAAAGAAGCCAUUCAACAGAGCCAAACUUAACCCCCUUCCUGAAUGACCCCAACCCCAUGAAAUACCUGCGGCAACAGUCACUGCCUCCACCCAAGUUCACUGCCACUGUGGAAACCACCAUCGCUCGCACCAGCGUUCUGGAUACCAGCAUGUCAGCAGGCAGUGGCUCUCCAAGCAAAACUGUCACUCCCAAAGCAGUGCCUAUGCUGACACCCAAGCCUUACUCCCAGCCCAAAAACUCUCAAGAGGUUCUGAAGACCUUUAAGGUAGAUGGGAAAGUCAGUGUGAAUGGAGAAACAGUUCAUGGUGACAAGGAGAAGGAAAGAGAGAGUCCCACGGUGGUACUUGCCUCCUCAUUAACCAAAUCCCAGAUGUUUGAAGGUGUGGCCAGAGUGGAUGGGUCCCCAGUGGAACUCAAACAAGACAACAGUAGCAUUGAGAUCAACAUAAAGAAGCCAAAUUCUGUUCCCCAAGAACUGAGACAUUUUACAACAACUGUGACUCGGUCCAGCCCGACUGUGCCCUUUGUGGAGUUUUCCUCGAGCCCCCGACUGAAGAAUGACGUGCCAGAAGAAAAUGACCAGAAGAAGCUGGAAAAUGAAAUGAGUGGAAAGGUGGAGUUGGUGCUGUCACAGAAGGUGGGAAAGCCAAAAUCGCCAGAGCCAGAAGCAACCCUGAUGUAUCCAUUUCUGGACAAAAUGCCUGAAACCAACCAAUUACAUUUGCCAAAUCUCAAUUCUCAAGUGGAUUCUCCAGGCAGUGAAAAGUCACCUGUAACGACACCUUUUAAAUUCUGGGCAUGGGACCCAGAAGAGGAACGUCGGAGACAGGAAAAAUGGCAGCAGGAGCAGGAACGUUUGCUCCAGGAGAGAUACCAGAAGGAACAGAACAAGCUGAAAGAAGAGUGGGAAAAGGCUCAGAAGGAGGUGGAAGAGGAGGAACGCAGAUACUACGAGGAGGAGCGCAAAAUAAUUGAAGACACUGUGGUUCCAUUUACCGUUUCUUCAAGUUCUGCAGAUCAGCUGUCUACGUCUUCCUCUGUGACUGAGGGCAGUGGGGCAGUGAAUAAAAUGGACUUGGAAAACUGCCGAGAGGAGGAACAACAGAUAAGACAGAAGAAACCAGUCCAAGGGGACAAAAAUGAUUUAUUAUUGCUCAAGACCAAGGAAGGUCAUUCACUGGAGGAAAAGGGCAGCCUAACUCAAGGGGCCAUGGCUCAUUCUAAGAGUCCUGUAUCAAAAGGAAUCCAUCAGGACCGUCAGCUGGAUACAGAAACUGGAGCCCUACACUGUGGGAUGAACCCACAGCUAGCUCAGGAUCCAGCCCAGAGUCAGCAGGUAUCAAACCCACCAAUGCACAUUUUAGAAGAUGUGAAGCCAAAAACCCUCCCUUUGGAUAAAAGCAUUAACCAUCAGAUCGAGUCUCCGAGUGAAAGGCGGAAGAAAAGCCCUCGAGAGAAUUUCCAGGCUGGGCACUUGUCCCCCUGUUCUCCCACCCCUCCUGGCCAAUCACCAAACAGGUACAAGAGGUCCAUCAGCGGGAAGAAGCUGUGCUCGUCCUGUGGGCUCCCUUUGGGUAAAGGAGCUGCAAUGAUCAUUGAGACCCUCCAGCUCUAUUUCCACAUCCAGUGCUUUCGGUGUGGAAUUUGUAAAGGACAGCUUGGAGAUGCAGUAAGCGGGACGGAUGUUAGGAUUCGAAAUGGUCUUCUAAAUUGUAAUGAUUGCUACAUGCGAUCCAGAAGUGCUGGCCAGCCCACAACAUUGUGA